AUGGUCGACUCCUGUUGUGGCUCCGUCUGCUCUGACCAGGGCUGUGGCCAGGAGACCUGCUGCCACCCCAGCUGCUGCCAGACCACCUGCUGCAGGACCACCUGCUGCCGCCCCAGCUGCUGUGUGUCCAGCUGCUGCCGCCCCUCCUGCUGUGGCCCCAGCUGCUGUGGCCCCAGCUGCUGCGGGCCCAGCUGCUGCAUCUCCAGCUGCUGCCGCCCCGCCUGCUGUGGCCCCACCUGCUGUGGCUCCAGCUGCUGCAGGCCCAGCUGCUGCAUCUCUAGCUGCUGCCGCCCCGCCUGCUGCCAGACCACCUGCUGCAGGACCACCUGCUGCCGCCCCAGCUGCUGCGGGUCCAGCUGCUGCCGCCCCUCCUGCUGUGGCUCCAGCUGCUGCCGCCCCUCCUGCUGCAUUUCUAGCUGCUGCCGCCCCGCCUGCUGUGGCCCCACCUGCUGUGGCUCCAGCUGCUGCAGGCCCAGCUGCUGCAUCUCUAGCUGCUGCCGCCCCACCUGCUGCCGGACCACCUGCUGCAGGACCACCUGCUGCCGCCCCAGCUGCUGCGUGUCCAGCUGCUGCCGCCCCGGCUGUUGCUAG